CUGUUACUUUCUCCAUUUAACAUUCAAAGGAGAGAGAAACAUAAAUAAAAAGAAAAAAGUUUUACCCGGGUCUCACGCCUCUUUCUUCUCCCUUCCUUCUAAUACUUUAAUUUAUUCAUAAUCCCCUUCUCUAAUCUAUAUCAUAUUUCUCCCAUAUAAUCUCCUCUAUCUUCAUUACAUUUCCCCCAAAAUCAUUUCAUUCUUCUUCUCCACAUCAAAUAUGGGGAUAAAGGUGCUCAGUGUUCAAAAUAUGGUUUCAUGGUCUUGUUUUCAUUUAAUGAAGAACGCAAUUCCUGAACCCGCCGCUGCUAAUAUCAAGCUCAUUAAUUCCGAUGGUGUUGUUAGAAUCUACCACCAACCCAUUUACGUUUCUGAGGUUUUGCUUGAAUUUCCCAAGCAUUUAGUUUGCCGAUCUGAUUCCUUUUACAUCGGUCAGAAAAUCCCUCCUCUCUCCGAUCAAGAUCUUCUCCAACUCGGUCAUAAGUACUUUCUUCUCCCCAAGCCCUUUUUCCACUCUGUUCUUUCUUUCGUCACAAUCGCUUCUUUCUUUUCCGCUUCCGCUUCCAACUCCAAUAACAAGAAUAGAUUCGUUAACAACGCCGCCGCCUGCCACCGCCCUUUUGACCUCCAACGAACCCCUUCCGGCUGCCUCAGAAUCCGAGUCUCCGAUGAGUUCAUUUCUCAAUUACUAGAACAGGGGAAUAAUCCUAAACCACUCUCACACCAACAAUCCGCUUCUUCAUUACCGCUUGGAAAAAUCUGCACUACGCCUCAGUUGGCCAAGGAUUAUACCCAGCUCGUUAGAACACGGCAAUGGAAACCCAAGCUCGAGACCAUUAUAGAGACAAAGAAGAAACGGAUUUCAACUUUUGGGUUGAAGAAGGCUAACCCAUUUCACUCACCGCCGCUCCGAUCGUCUUACCCACUUCACCAUCUUCGUUCAAUUCCCUUAGCUUAUAAGCCUAAGAUUCGAAUCAAAUCCCGAACUUAAUCGAUUCAUUCAUUGAUUUUCUGCCCUUUUUUUUUCAUCCAUCGUUAAUGUAGUUUAGUUUUUUGGGUAAAUUAAUUGUAAUAUUAGAGAUGUGUAUAAAUUAUAUAACACAACAAAUUCAGAACCAAUUACUUGUUGUAAUGUAUAUGCAGAGUUUUGUUCUUGUGGAAGACGAAUUUGGGUUAAUCUCAUUCCUUUCUUUGGCAGAUUUAUGGUGUUUAAUUUGGGAUUAAAAUUUUUAUUAAUUAAAACUUUUUUGAGUUUCUAGACUG